AUCUUUCUCGCCUCUCACGCUUUGGAACUUCCAAGUCACGCAACAACCGAAAGAACCAACCUUUGGUACCAAAAAAAUUAAAAGAAAAGAAACCCAAAACCCUUGAACAAGAUACAAGUUGGAUUGUCUUGCUGCGUGUGGAGCUUUCGUGAAGAUGUUGAUUUUGUAGCCAAAUUGAGAUUAACCCAGUUCGUAUUUUGGGUCAAAAUUCCAAAAUUCUUGAGGCUUGGUGCUGAUUUUGGCUAUGGGUUGGAAGUACAACGCGGGUUUGGGGUUGAUUGGCACGGUUGUCUUCAUAUGGGUCGCUUCUGCAGAGGUUACUCAGAGAAUUUUCACUGAGUACAAACAGCCGUUUGCACUGACUUAUCUCGGGGUGUCUCUAAUGGUGGUCUAUCUACCUAUAUCAGCUUUGAAACAUUGUAUCUGCAGCUUACUGAAACCAAAUUUAGUUGAUAAUUUCUACAACAAUGAGAGAGCCAUGAGCACUUCAGUUGGGCUUGAUAUCCCACUUAUAAUAAACGAAAUGCACCACAGUCCAGAAACCGAAGUUACAAGCUGCCCAGUUACUGACAAAGAACUUAGCAAUACAGAAGAAGGGCGGCCUCUAAUCGCUAAGAGUGAAGAAGAUGAGUCUCACUUGCUUGAACAAAGUGAUCAGCUUAGUCCCUGGGAAAUUGCAAAAUGUGGCUUAACUCUUACUCCAAUAUGGUUUCUUACAGAGUAUCUGUCAAACUCUGCGCUGGCAAAUACCAGUGUUGCGAGCACAACUGUCCUAACUUCUACAUCGGGGCUCUUUACACUUUUCUUUGGAGCUCUUCUUCGUCAGGAUUCCAUAAGUAUUCCAAAGAUAGUUGCUGUCUUUGUCAGCAUGGCUGGUGUUGCCAUGACCACAGCUGGAAAUACUUGGGCACCUGAUGAACUGCUGAGCAUCUCUGAGACUAGAAAGCACUCUAUAACAGGAGACAUUUGUGGUCUUCUCUCAGCAGCAUCAUAUGGAUUAUUUACAGUGUUACUUAAGAAAUUUGCUGGAUCAGAAGAGGAAGGAGAUAAGGUUGACGUGCAGAAGCUCUUUGGAUACAUUGGUCUCUUUACUCUGCUUGGUCUGUGGUGGCUUGUGUGGCCGCUCAAUGCCAUUGGGAUUGAACCUUCUUUUGAGCUUCCACAAUCGAAAUCUGUUGGGGAAGUUGUGCUGUUAAAUGGCUUCAUGGGGAGUGUUCUUUCAGAUUAUUUUUGGGCACUUUCUGUGGUUUGGACUUCUCCAUUAGUUGCAACGUUGGGCAUGUCCUUGACAAUUCCCCUUGCUAUGGUAGCUGACAUGGUAAUUCACGGCCGCCAUUUUUCUGCAGUCUACAUCUUUGGUUGCAUUCAGGUAUUUGCAGGUUUUGUGAUGGCAAACCUUUCAGACAAGUUUUCUAGAAAGGAAGAGUUGAAAUAGUGAUGUAUAGAAAGCUCAGAGAAGUUCCUAGUUUGCAUGUAGACUGAAUAUAUACAUAGCAUACGUAAGAUAUAGGAAACAUCAGCUGCCCUUGUAUUGUAUACAACAUACAAAGACUAAACAUGGGAUUUUUGGUAGAUUUUCAUAUGCUUAAAGUAUGAUGGUGUGUGU